GAGAGCUUGGAUACAGCAGCCUCCUCCACUGCUCCAAGCACCGCCACUACUGCAGCAGCUGCACUGGCCUACUACUGGGAUGCAGAAGCCUACAGACACUCCCCAGUCUUUCAGGUGUAUCCAUUGCUCAACUGUAUGGAGGGGAUCCCAGGGGGGUCACCAUAUGCUGGCUGGGCCUAUGGCAAGACGGGGCUCUACCCUGCCUCAACUGUGUGCCCCACCCGUGAAGAGUCCCCUCGCCAGGCUCCUGAAGAUCCGGAUGGGAAAGGCAGCACCAGCUUCCUGGAUACCUUAAAGACAGAGUGACUGAGUCCAGACCUCUUGACCCUGGGGCCUGCACUGCCUUCAUCACUUCCUGUCCCCAGUAGUGCUUAUGGGGGUCCUGAUUUUUCCAGUACCUUCUUCUUCCCCACCGGGAGCCCCCUCAAUCCAGUGACUUAUUCUUCCCCCAAGCUGCGUGGAACCCUGCCCCUGCCCCCUUGUGAAGCGAGGGAGUGUGUGAACUGUGGAGCAACAGCAACUCCACUGUGGCGGAGGGACAGGACAGGCCACUACCUGUGCAAUGCCUGUGGCCUCUAUCACAAGAUGAACGGGCAGAACAGGCCCCUCAUCUGGCCCAAAAAGCUCAUGAUUGUCAGCAAAUGGGCAGACACCCAGUGCACCAACUGCCAGACAACAACCACAACCCUGUGGCGGAGAAAUGCCAGUGGGGACCCUGUGUGCAGUGCCUGUGGCCUCUACUACAAGUUACACCAGGUGAACAGGCCACUGACCAUGCGGAAGGAUGGUAUUCAGACUCAAAACCGCAAGGCGUCCGGAAAAGGGAAAAAGAAACGGGGAUCGAGUCUGGGAGGUACAGGAACAGCCGAAGGACCAGCUGGUGGCUUCAUGGUGGUGGCUGGGGGCAGUGGUAGUGGGAAUUGUGGGGAGAUGGCCACAGGCUUGACAUUGGGCCCACCCGAUGCUCAUCUCUACCAAGGCCUGGGCCCCAUGGUGCUAUGAGGCCCUGUCAGCCACCUCAUGCCUUUCCCGGGGCCUCUGCUGGGCUCACCCAUGGGCGCCUUCCCCACAGGCCCCAUGCCUCCCACCACCACUACUGUGGUGGCUCCACUGAGCUCGUGAGCUUGUGAGGGCACAGGGCUUAGCCUCAGGGGGCAAGGGUGGUGACAGCCUGUACAACCCAACCCUUUGGGCCCCAGACACCCCUGGCCUGGACCUUCGAAGCUUUUGUACAAUAAAACCACCAAAGUCCUAAA